CGUUAGUACUUGGAGUUACUUAACUACCGGUUGAAUUAGGUAUUCUUAGUCGUCAUUCGUGACAUUAUAGUCGAGAAAUAUAAUAUAUAAAGAGACUCGAUUCAUACGAAUCUCCAUCGCUUUUAUUGAAAACCUCAUUUGAUUGCUAUUUGUUUUUGUUUUCUUAGUAUUCAUCAUGCCAGGAAAAGCUUUGCUAGUAGCCAGUAGUUAUUAUGGUCCCAUCUAUCCAGAUGGCAAAAACACAGGCGUACAUUUCUCAGAACUUUUGACCCCUUACGAAGUUUUCCGCCAAGCAGGUUUAGACGUUGAUAUCACUUCCGAGAAAGGCACUUGCCAUUUUGACGACAAUUCCGUCGAUGAGUCCAAAUUACCUGAACAUGUAAAGAAUGUCCUUCAUGAUAAGAGCCACGAAUUCUGGACCGCCAUAAAAAAUAUGAAGCGUGCAGCUGAUGUUGACUAUUCAGAAUAUAAUAUUUAUUUCGUUGCUGGUGGACAUGCUGCCCUCUUUGACCUACCAGGUGCUAUUGAUUUACAAGCCAUUGCCGCUCAAAUUUACAAAAAUGGCGGUGUUAUAGCAGCCGUCUGUCAUGGUCCUUGCAUCCUUCCUUUCAUUUCUGAUUUGACUCGUAAUAAUGCUUCUUCCAUUGUCGAAGGUCGUAAUGUUACAGCCUUUAACAAAGCCGGGGAAGAGAGUAUGAACAUGUUGGACAUUAUGCAGAAAAAGAACUUGGAAACCAUGAACGAUGCUUUCAGAAAAGCUGGUGCUAAAUUUAUCGAUCCUGCUUCUCCCAAUGAUGAUUUCGUUCAGAGCGAUUCUCGCGUCGUGACCGGUGUCAAUCCUCAAAGUGCCGCUUCUACAGCCAAGGCAGCCCUCCAAGCUUUGAAGGCAUAAAAUACUCCUCUUACGAUUCAAUUGAUUAUAGACGUAAAAAUAUUACAAUUCAUGAAUGAUAUGAUAAUUAUUUUUGAUCAUAA